GUUUUGGUUUGUGAUAGCAGCAGGAGCAGCAUUAGUGAAAAAAGUAUUGCGCCGGCAAUAGCAACUAAAAUUGAAGAGUUUGAAGAUCGUUUUUAAAAUAAAACUUACUGGAGUAUAAAUGAAAAUUAAUUAAAAAUCUAGUGCUAAAUUCAAACCAUUUUACUUGCAUUGACUUAAACCAUCAAUAGUAAAGGCAGUUGUAUCUACAGAGCAACAUCAAUCAUUGGAAACACUAAUAAUUAAUCCUACAAGCUCUCAGAUAUGAGACUAAACGAACACCUGAAAAUCGUCGGGACGAACGUGAUUCUGGUGCCGUAUGAAAGCAAACACGUGCCAAAGUAUCAUCAAUGGAUGAAAAGCACCGAGCUUCAAGAGCUCACCGCAUCGGAACCGCUAUCCCUAGAGGAGGAGUACCAAAUGCAGAAAUCCUGGCGGGAGGACGAUGACAAAUGCACAUUUCUGAUUCUGGACAAAGCAGAGUACUAUAAGAGUGGAGAUGAAAUAGCAGCGUUAAUCGGAGACACCAAUAUAUUUCUACAGUCGAAUGAUUCCGACGAGGAUGGUGAUGGACUGAAAACCGGGGAAAUAGAAAUUAUGAUCGCCGAACCGAUCGCCCGGGGGAAACGCUACGGUUGGGAGUCGACACUUCUGAUGUUGCACUUUGGCGUCAAACAUCUGAACAUUCGAAGAUACAAGGCAAUCACCAAGGAUACCAACACCAAGGCGAUGCAAAUGUUUGCGAAGAUGGCUUUCCGAGAGGUGAAACGAGUGCCGGUCUUCCAAGAGGUUACCUUCGAAAAACUGGUCGACGCCGAAUGGAUCAGCUGGAUUGAACGGGAGAUUUCUCUAUCGAUUGAACCGUACCGAAGCUAGUUGAGCCGAGUUUUCCGUUUCAAACAUUUUUCAUACAGAUUUUUUUUUAUUGGGAUCUUAAAUCUAAUAAAUUUGUGUUUACUAGUCUUUA